AUGUCAGAGCCAACAAAUUUUGAAUGUGUAUCCUGCGGUAAAGUUUGUGAUAGUCAAUUGCGGUUGAGAAAUCACAAACGAGAUCGCCAUCCUGGCAAGGUCCUUGUUUCUAUUGUUGUUGGAGGGGAAACCACCCGCGUUAUUUUGAAAUCCGUGGAUGGUUGUUUUACUUGUCCAGUCUGUAACGAGACUGGAAUUGAAGGCAGGAAAGAAAUUCUCCAGCAUACAAAUGGCCAUCUUAUUACAGAUGUGGUCAAGACCGAUAACCCAAGCAACCCAUGCUUCAUUUGCAACAUGACGUUCGUAACGGCACAGGAUUUAGACAAGCACUAUGAUGACGCACAUUUGGAAUCCUGGGAGGUCUUGGAAGGCCCAGCAGAGGACGACGAAGCAGGGGUUGAAAGUCUGAGGCAGGGAAAAUUGGAACUUGAUCGUUGCACAAAGAACACCAUUUUGUCAAACUUCCUUUUGGAUAUGCUUGAACCGUUCGCGCUCAAACACGAAGAUGGAACGAAAUCAAUGGUAUUGUUUACUCCCAUUUCAGCAAAAAGGACAGAAUCCAGCCCAAUCGUUGAGAUAGAGCGAAUCAAAAGACCAAAAGUGCAGGCACCCACAGAGUUUGAAGAUCUGGAAAUAACUUUGGCAUCAAAUCGACAUGGGAAGCUAAUCGAGAUGGAAGAUUACAGGCUACUAGACCUGGCGUUCUAUCUGCAAAAUUACAGUGAUUGCAAGUCCAACAUUGCCCAGAACCUAGCAGGAGCCCUUAUCCAAGCCGGAUCCCAGGUGAUCCUCAUCCUAAAGGCCGAGGUUUAUGGGCGGGAACCGAGCGGAGAUCCACAUAGAAUUAACCUAGUGAAGCCUACAUUAGAUGUCAAAAAGGUAUCCAUAAUCCAUCAUGAUAACGCGAACAAACUCAUCAUCGGCACACUUCACUGGAAUGCCCUUAUAACUUCAUCAAUCGAGCUCACAUCAGGAGCCAUCCACGUCGGAGCCGACAACUUGACAGCGAACAUUGCCUCACAAGUAAUAAUUUUUGGUCGUAAGGACCGGGAGCUGAAUCCCUUGAUCGAAAGACAAACCAGAUCAAAAUUCCAUAUCAAACACAAAAAGCGCCUCAGUCUUCUACUUAUUUUCCGAGUGGUCAUGUCUCCCAAUAACGAUUUACAGUGUCAUUAA